AUGCUAAACUGGCGCUGUGUUCAGCACAGGGACGCGGAGCUGGUAACGGAGCUGGUAACGGAGCUGGUAACGGAGCUGGUAACGGAGCUGGUAACGGAGCUGGUAACGGAGCUGGUAACGGAGCUGGUAACGGAGCUGGUAACGGAGCUGGUAACGGAGCUGGUAACGGAGCUGGUAACGGAGCUGGUAACGGAGCUGGUAACGGAGCUGGUAACGGAGCUGGUAACGGAGCUGGUAACGGAGCUGGGAACGGAGCUGGGAACGGAGCUGGGAACGGAGCUGGGAACGGAGCUGGGAACGGAGCUGGGAACGGAGCUGGGAACGGAGCUGGGAACGGAGCUGGGAACGGAGCUGGGAACGGAGCUGGGAACGGAGCUGGGAACGGAGCUGGGAACGGAGCUGGGAACGGAGCUGGGAACGGAGCUGGGAACGGAGCUGGGAACGGAGCUGGGAACGGAGCUGGGAACGGAGCUGGGAACGGAGCUGGGAACGGAGCUGGGAACGGAGCUGGGAACGGAGCUGGGAACGGAGCUGGGAACGGAGCUGGGAACGGAGCUGGGAACGGAGCUGGGAACGGAGCUGGGAACGGAGCUGGGAACGGAGCUGGGAACGGAGCUGGGAACGGAGCUGGGAACGGAGCUGGGAACGGAGCCUCUGGCCCAUGAACCGAAACACGUCAGCAGCGGCCUGUUCCGGGUCGUGGCGAGGGAUCAGCAGCGAUGA